AAGACAUCAAACAUUUUACAACCUUCUUUAAGUCGAAACAUUUAAAAAACUAUAAAAAAUCCAUAAAAAUGGUUUUCAUUAAAGAAUUCAUCCUUGCUGCCUUAUUCACAGCCUUUGCUGUUGCUCAAUUGCCAAAUGUUGAAGUUCCAGCUUUACCAGUGAAUCAAACAGUUCCAGCUCUCCCAGAAACACCAGCUGGCAACAAUACACAAGUUCCUGCAACUCCAGAAGUCCCAAACACCAAUGGAACAGUCCCAGUUGAUACUGGAAUGGCAACAGUACCACCAGUUCCAGGUCAAGGAGGUUCAACAACACAAGCACCAAAUAGAUUGAUGAACGCUAUCAAUGGAAUUCGAGGAAAUCGUGGAUAAAUAUUUUGCAGUUAUAUUAAUGGCUUAUUUUGGGAAUAUGAAUCAGUAAUAAAGUAUUUUAAGAUGUCAGUU